GACAGCAGUUAUAGUUUAGUCGUCGGACGACAAAGAGCCAAAGUCGUCGCGGCGUUCGUGCUUUCUGCUGCUCUCUCUCUCUCUCUCUCCCUCUGCGCGUCUCAUUACAAUACCUACACUAGCGUAUCUUUUCUCUCUGUCUUCGUUAUACAUCGGACAAGUAGAAAGGAGCAAUAGAGACACAAGACUGUGCUAUAGACAGGCGCACGCGACUAUUGUGCAUAUAUACGUGUGUGUCCAUGUAUACAUGUGUGUGUGUGAGAGUUUCUUCGCUACUACUAUUUACUGCUUGUGCUACUGCUGCUGCUGCUGCUAAGAGAGCCUGCGUUACGUGUUGCGCCGUCGCCGCCGCCGACGACGACGACGACAUCGACAACCACGGCCACGACUGCUGCAGAUGCGCUUUUAUUUAUCAACACACGUAUACGUCGAAGAGACGAGAUGAGACGCGAUAACGACCCGACGUUAUCGUAACACCCGACGCACUCGGAGGACUAAAAAAGUCGAGCGCAUCCACGUUAUCAGCCUCCAGUCGCGCUGAAUCUACCCUUUAUUUCGUUUGUUUUCUUCUCCUUUUGUUUGUUUUUUCCGUUGCACGGGCCGUCGAUGCAGACGAGGAAAGCGACAGUUUUGCAGCACGAGGCAUCAAGAAAAAACAUUUAUACAUGACACGCUUUUGCACGAGAUGCUGCUGGAUGAUCAUUGAGGUUAUGGAGCGAUCUCGACCUGAAUCAUCAGCAUCAUCAUCAUCAUCAGCAGCAGAAAAAGUAGCAGUAGUAAUUCCCGGGAGAAGGACAAUCCUACCGAGCCCAGAACUGUAUAAUAAGUGCUGCUGAAAUAAUACUGCUAUAAUGGUCCGACCUCGUUAAUUAGCUUUCCAAAAAAAGCUCAUCGAACAGACAAUUUGAGAUUCCGGAGUUGAGUUAAGCUCCUACAGAAAAUACAGUGAAGAUUUUCCCGAAUUUUUCUCAUUUUAUCACGUACUCUUUGCCCAUGAGCGAAAAUUAUCAUUAUUAACUGGAAAGGUCAAUCUAACGAUGGCUAAUUUCGUUGCCGUAUGCGUGUUCUGCGUCCUAAGCGCGGGUCAUUUACCUUGCUUCGCGCACAAUGAAUUUUUAACGGUUCAAGCGGCUGCAGCGGCCAAAGAUGGCGACGGCGACGUUAAAUUUUACACGAAAUUACCGGCAUCGCUGAAAAUGUCGAGCGAGUACUAUAACAAUGACGAGUACGAGAGAAUGGACGAAGGAAAACACAGCGACGACGAAGACGAGCGUCGGCAGCCUGUCGCACGACAGAGCGACGCAGACGACGAUAAAGUGCCUGAAACGAACAAUAAUGAUAGCCAAGACGUCGACGACUCGUACGAGACGACGAGACGGCAGCAAUUAGCUGCAGCGAGAUCGAAGCGAAGCGUUGAUUUAGACGAUAAGUUCUUUACCAAAAAAUUAUUCGAGCAAUACGGGGACGGAGAGAAUAUGACUAUUGAGGGCUUCGAGAGGCUCUUGGAGCAAUUGGGAUUGUUUCAAAAACAGAUCCAACAGCAGCAUCAGCAUGUCCACUCGCAUGCACAUUCCCACACGCACGAGCCUGCGACUGGUACCAAUGAAAGGCCGAGCAUCGACACCAAUCAAUCGAGUAGCCGAUUAGCGCACGCCAAGGAAGCGAGCAGCAAAAAUGGACUGGAAGCUGCACACAAGCACACGAGCGAAAAAUCCAGGUGUCUAAGCAGUAGUGAACUGUUGAACGCCUUAUCGGACGGUCAAUACGACUCCGUGAGCAGCAGUAGCAGCAACAACAGCAAUAACAACGCUACCGAUCUUCCAACACCUCUGCCGCUCGGCCUCUUCGAGAAAGCCUGUCCGGCGCUGGUCUAUCAAUUGGCCCACCCGAAGCGCAAUUCCGCGAGCUGCAUCAGUCUGGUGGAUGAGGAGGAUACGCACCUGGAGGACAAUCACACCCUAGACAUGGCCGACCAAGAGCUUCUGAUGCCCGCGACUCGUAAUAUGUUUCACGUAUGGGUUUAUUCCACCGUGAGCAUACUGAUAAUAAGCCUGUGCGGACUGCUCGGGGUCGCCGUCAUACCCGUCAUGGGCAAGAGUUACUAUCAGCAGCUGAUCCAAUUUCUGGUCGCGCUCGCCGUCGGCACCUUGUGCGGCGAUGCCUUCAUUCAUCUCAUACCCCACGCAAUGAUGGGGGCUCACACCCACGCUGAUGACAAGGACAGCGAGCACAACGCCAAUAUAUGGAAGGGUUUUGCCGGUAUGCUGCUUUUGAUUGUGUUUUUCAUAACUGAGAGGACGUUAAACAUGAUCGCCGAGUGGCGCAAAUACGCACAAAGCCGAAGCCAAAUGCCAGCGCGAGUGAAAGCCAUGAUGGAAGCCGACGGUGGCGAAAACAACGUCGUCGGAGAAAAAUUGUGCAAACACAAAUACUCGACGUAUCCCUACUGUUACGGAGAAAUUGCUACGGAAACGCAAGAUAAUUUACAUCAGCACAAUCACCACGAGAGACCGCAAAUAAUCGACGAAGAGAAACCCCUUACGUGCAAUUCGACCAAUUGCGUUGCCGUAACGAACAGGAUACCCACGACUAUGCACAACGAAAUCGAGAAAAAGGCCAAUAACGAGGAGUGGAAGAUGAACGAAACUGUAAUUAAUAAUACGAAAAAGCCCGUCGAUGGCUCGGACGUACCAUUGAACGACACUGAGAGUUACGCUGUGAUUAUGCAUGAUCACGACGUUAAGCAUCACGGUCACGGACACUCGCACAGUCAUCACGAUCACUUGUCGCCGGACUCGAUGUCCAGUGUCGCAUGGAUGGUUAUCAUGGGCGACGGGCUGCACAAUUUUACCGACGGCAUGGCUAUUGGGGCGGCUUUCACUGCGAGUAUUGCCGGUGGCUUUUCCACUACCAUUGCUGUCUUUUGCCACGAAUUGCCUCAUGAAAUGGGUGACUUCGCGGUCUUACUUAAAGCAGGGAUGAGUGCCAAACAAGCGAUAUUUUAUAAUUUAUUGUCUUCGGUACUUUGUUUGUUUGGCAUGGUAUUUGGAGUUAAUUUUGGCUCUACACCCGAAGCUUAUAGUUGGAUGUUUAUGGCUACAGCCGGUAUAUUUUUCUAUAUUGGUCUUGUAGAUAUGAUGCAAGAAUUACCCUCAAACCUAUCAAUUAAACACGGUGCUCUAAAGCAGUAUUCUUUACAAACUGCGGGAUUGUUGACUGGUUGUGGAAUAAUGUUGAUCAUUGCAUUAUACGAGAAUGAUCUUGAAAAUUUAUUUACCAGAAGCUAAAGUCAAGAAGAGACUCAGUGAGUUUGACUUAUUACCAAAGUGCACAAGAAGUCUGGUGUACAAGUCAAAUUACCGAUAACGUUCGACGAUGCUCUUGCGUCAAUUAAAAGCCUAAAAGAGUUCAAUUACAACUCAAUUUUGAAUUGUAAGAUCGAAUUUUUCAUUUUGUCGAGUUGAAUGACAAAAUACGUGUUUAAAUAAUAAAUGUGUCAUUCAAUCGUCAGGUAAUAUACAUAUAAAUUUAAGUCAAAUAUUUAUGUAAUUUAUAAUUAACAUUAUAAGUAAGCGUAUGUGAUUGUACUCGAAUUCGUUGUGUACAGAACGAUCGAUGUACUUUAAAUGAUUGAAUGAAAUUUUCAUGUACAAAGUUAUUUAAGCAGCAGUUUGCGAUUUAAGUUUUCCUCCAUGAAUCCAUUUUGGAGUAAAAGGAGUUUUGGUGUUCGACAACUAUUCUUAAAAUCGAUUGUUAGCGAUUUACGAAACAUAGCUUUUUGCUAAUGAAAACUUUGAAAGGGAACACGUUGAUUCGAAUUUAAUUGAUGGAUGUUUUAUUUUUUGUUCAUUAUUGAUAAUUGCAUUGUUAUCAAUUUUUACAUUUCAAGGUCGAUCAUACGUUAUU